AGAUUUCUCAACUAUACAAACUUCCUCAGAUGCACUGAAUAAUGAUAUCAUACAUGAUCAAAACAAUGAUAAUAGUAAUGAUAAUAAUAAGCCUAGUUCACAUUUCCUAGUCACAAUGUUUAUUAAAUGGGAUCCACCAACUUAUCCAAAUGGAAGAAUACUUGCAUCUGCCCUAUAUCUUACUACAAAUAUGAAACAAUCUACAAGAAAAUGGACAGAAAGAUCAGUCAAUGGUGGAAGUACGGAAGCAGGUUUACUAAGGUUAAAACCAAGUACACUAUAUUUUGUGAAAAUCACUUCAAGAAAUCAACAUGGCCGAUCGCCAUCUUCAAAUAUCAUUGCUUUUUAUACACCAAACGCCGAUGGAUCUGGUGGUGGAAUCAUUCAAUUUACAAAAGAUUAUUAUAAUUUAAAUGAUAUUCAUGAAACAUUCGAUAAAAUUCAACCAUUUCCUAAUGAAAAUGAAUUAAAUAAAUUAAUAAGAACAAAUGAUCCUAUUUAUACAACUAAUAAUAAUAAUAAAUUAAUUGAUAUUGAAAAUAUACACUGGAUUAUAUUGGGUGGUGCAAUUGGUUGUGCAUUAGUCAUUAUGAUUAUUAUUACUUUAGCAUUAUUAAUUCGUUGUCGAAAAAUAAAAUUCACUACAAAUUUAACUAAAAGGGUAUCAGAUAAGUCAACAUAUAAAACAUCGUAUUCAGAACAUCAUCAACAUGAAACAACCAUACAUCGACAUGAUUGCUUACAAAAGAAUCCAUCAUUUAAUCUGAAUGAUAUUUGUCUUAAUGCAAAUAUACUCGGUAGUUGUAGCCCGACAGAAACUAUAGCUGCUGGUUCCAAUUCCGGUUCAAUUGGUGUUCGCACAGGGCAUUCACUAACCAAUGACCAGUUCAAUCAAAAUGUACGAAUGAAUAUCUACCCAUCACAUCAUUCUAAUUGUAUACAUUCUGAUUGCAGUGUAAAAAAGAUUAAUGAAACAGUACCAUUGUUAACUAGUAGUCAUUGUAAUUGUGGUGUGUCGAUUGAUACAUCAGCACCAACACCAUCGGGACCAAUUAACUGGAUACCUAAUGUUGGAGCAUUCAAUAUUGGUAUAUCUGGUGGAGGGUGUUUUGAAGAUCGGCAUUCAACAUCAGUCGAAAGUGAUACCGAUGCUAAUAAUUCAAUGAAAUUAACAAAUAAUUGUCAAGAAAGUGGUAGAAAUUGGCAAAAUGAUAUGAAUUGUGGUAAAUUUAGGUUGAAUAAACAGUUGUCGGCUGACAUGCAUGAGCGUAAUGUAGAGUCACUGAAUGGUAAUAUUAAUGCAUCACGUGACAUGACAUUAUCUUAUCUUGGAUCAAGUGUUCAAAAUUCAAUUAAUUGUCAUGCACCUUAUUGUCAACAAUCACAAUUAAAAAAUAUGGGGAAUCGUAGUCCAUUCAAACCUCCUGGCACUGUAAUUAACCCACCUAAUUUACAAAUGACAUGUUGUACAAAUAAUAAUAAUAAUAAUCCUCAUAUCAAUUUUAAUCGUUCACGUGAUUUUCGAAGUAAUCAAUUAAAUAAAAUGAUUGGAGACAAUGGAUGUACUGGAAGUGGUAGUCUUACAGAUGAAGUUACUGCGUCUUCACCAGGAAGUAGUGCUACUGGACGUACACAUGGUUAUUUAAAUCAAAUCUCUUCUUCACCAACAAAUACAAGUUUAAAUUUCAAAAAAUAUAAUAGAGUUAUUGGAAAAUAUGAAGAUGAAGAAGAUAUUAAUGAUGAGUUAAAUAUUAAUCGUGAUACAGGUUUUAGAAAUUAUGGAAGUAAACAUAAUGGACAUGGAACACAUCAAAAGUUGUCUGUAAAUACAUCUGUUGAUCAACAAAGUUUAUCACCAUUACCCCCAAGGAAGUACAGCAAUAAUAAAAAUCAAAUUCUAUCGGAUAGUCAAGGUGAAAGAUGUCAAACUCAUGGAACAGGUAUAUCAACUCGAAAUAAUGCUCUGAGUUCCGACUAUGCUUCACAACAAAGUAGCUUAAGCAAUAAGUCAAGUGAAUCAAGUGCGACAAAUCAUGGUUUUUCACCGGAAAAACAUGUAAACUAUCCAAAUAAAGUGAAACUGAUAGAUAUGAAUACAAAUGUACAUAGUGUUGAUGCAUCAUUCGUAUUAGAUCGUGUACCGACACCGGAACCGCAACAUCGAUCAGGACAAUUUGCAAGACUAAUGCAAUAUAAAUUGUCCGAUCAACCGAUUAAUCGAUUACAAAUACUUAAUUUAACUGAUGAUGAUUAUUUAUCGGAUAAAAUAGAAAUUAAAAAUAAAAUUAUGCAGUCGCCGACAAUUAUGAAAAGAAUGACAACAACUACAACAACAAUAACAACACCAACUAAUACUCUUUCUUCAAACACUAUUACUUAUAGUACUGUACAGAAUGUAUUUUCAACAAAAUCAAAUUAUGGUUUAGAACUUAAUAAACAUGAUAGAACUCCAGAUACACCAGAUAGCAUUUCUGAACAGGAAAUGAUGAAAGGUUUCAGUACAGAAGAAUUAAAUCAAGAAAUGGCUAAUCUAGAAGGAUUAAUGAAAAAUUUAUCAGAAAUUACACAAAAUGAAUUUACAUGUUAAUUUUGAAAAAAAUUGCCUUAACCUAAAUGUUAAUUUCCUUUCUUCUUCCUACACAUAUACAUAUAUUUGCUUCAUUGGUCAGUUUCAUUGUUUUAAAACCUAAGGAAUUGUGAUAAAAAAAACAAGUUUUUUUCUGUUUUUCUUUUGGAUUUGAAUAAUUCAGGGUAGAAAUGCUUGUAAAAAAGAAAAUAAAUCAUGAAAAACAAAUAAACGAAAAUGUAAUAAAAUGCCCAAUUAAGAACAUGUAGGUUAAGAGUAGUAAUGGGUAUAUUUUUUUGUUUAAACAUCUUUAUUUACUACUUUUUUAAGGAUAUCAGUAGGUAAUAAAUAGGAUCUAAAUUAAACUGUUUAUACAAUAAAAAAUAAUAUGAAAUUCAUUCAUUGUUAUGAUUUUUAUUUAUUUAUUCUAUGUGAAUAUACUUGCAUUUAGACUAUUGGAUAAAUAAUUAAAUCAUUACUGAAUAUUCUUAUUGUUUCAUUGCAUAAGACAAUUAAAACGCCUAAAUUAUAAUAAUUGUAAACAUCAUUUAACUCUUGUUAAAUAAAAUCUAUUUCCCAGUGAAGACUAUGUAAUUUAUUUAUUAUAUAAUAAGAAAAUAGAAAAUUAAUUGUAAUAGGAAUAAUAUUGAUCAUUGACCUUUGAGUCUUUUGUUUUACUGCUUACUAUUCAUUCUUUAUUGAUCAAUUUCUAUAAUUAAUAACACGUUUCCUUCAUUACUUUAAUAAAAAUGAAUCGAGGUUGUUUUCUUCUUUCUUUUUUUCAAUGAACCUCUAGUUAAAGUAUCAUUGGAUUUUAUUAAAAUGUCAUUGCUUCAUUGAAUAAAAUUUUUAACAAGUUUCUUUUAAUACAUAAUUUAUUUUCACUUUGUG